UCUGUUUCCGGAAGGAGCCAAGAUGGCGCAGCAGUUCGUGAAGGCUCAGAUUCAAGGCGACAAAGUGGUGGUUUUCCUAAAACCUACGUGUCCGUACUGCACCAUGGCCGAAGAAGUUCUGUCCAAAUACAACUUCAAACCGGGACAUUUGGAGUUUGUGGACAUCAGUGGACACGAAGACAUGGACAGCAUUCAGGACUACUUCCGGGAAAUUACCGGAGCCCGCACGGUCCCGCGGGUGUUCAUCGGCGAGAGCUGCAUCGGGGGCGGCUCUGAUGUGUCGGCGCUGCACAGGAGCGGGAAGCUGGAGGCCAUGUUGAAGUCUAUAGAGGCCCUGCGGUGAUCUGCGUCAAACCUCCAGGGUUUAGGCCUGCAGGUGUGGUCACAUGACUAAGCAGCGAGACUUGCGUAGCUUGCGCCGUCGCUGCUGGUACUCGCU